AUGGCCAAACUCUCACCUGACGUCAUAAACAUCUUGUCCAUUAGAGCCUACUAUGACAACAAGACCGCCACCAACACCACAGAAAUGGCCAACCUGCUGAAAUACGAGAGCCAGCACUUUCGCUGUAAAGUGCAGAUUGAACUGCCUGAAUGUAUUGCGGAUCGAUGUUGGAGCAUAGGCCUGGUUCAGGCCUGUGAUCGUAUGUAUCUCGAGAACCGCUAUGGUCAGAGUGGCAGCUCAUUUUGGGAAUUUCAUCCCCUCAAAAGCGGUCGUCAUAAAAUGGUUAAUGACAGUGAUGGACGCCAGUAUCCAUUCUACAGCCUGACCAGUAGUAAAUUUGAGAUUCGUCGUGGUGUAGUUUCUGACAGUUUGGUGUCUCUGACCUAUGAGGAUCAUUUCUAUCCUACAGUGGCUUGGGAGCUGCCGUAUUAUGGAGGUGCUAAGCUCACUGAUGUGAUACGAAAGCAGGAUUUUUGGGUCUGGCUAGUUGCGAUUAAACGUGCAAGCUCAAGAAGCACCACUACUGACGUGUUCAAUGCCAAAAAUGACGAAAUUUACAUUCUCAAAACCAUGCGUUGGCGCUAUAACCUCCACAUGACCUUCGACCCCAAUCAGCCAAUUGGAAGACGACUUCAAAGGAUUUACGACACGCAGGAGGAACAACCAGUUAUCUUGGAAACUAAUCGACCCUUACCACUCUCCGCACUUAGUCCUCCACAUUGUAAUGCUGCUCAGUCUUUAAUUUGGUACCCAAAUAACCCUAGUGACAAACCGAAACUCCUAGUCCCUCCGAAACAGAUAAUCGUGCCCUGGGACACCUGGACUAAUGACAUGGCUCCUGGACGUCAUCUCACUGUAAAGAAACCAGACCAGUGUAAAUUGGUUGGUGAGUGGGCACAUGACACGGAAAUUGGUGUUGACGUUGGCACGAUGUCCGGAGUGGUCAACAGCCGCGGUUGGGGCACCGCCGAAGGUGGCAGUAGUCGACAACGCAUGUCUAGUCGUGCACGCGCGUAG